GACAUCACAUUUGACAGUUGCUGAGACAACUCAGUGUUUUUUAUAGUGGAGCACAAUAUUUAGUGAAAAAAUUUAUUUUUUUAUAUUGUUUUAUGUUUUUUGUUUAAAAAACCAUAAUACAUGCUCAAAAUCUAAACAAUUCAACCACAAGUAUUAAUAACUAAACAAUAUUUUUAUAAACGCAAAACUAGUACGCCAAUAAAUGUAUUAAAAUAUGUAUCAAAUGUAAAACAAGAAAAAAAAUUAACACCAUACAACCAAUAAUGCAAUAGAAAGAAGAUUUGGAACACAACAACAAUUGCAUGCGUGGAUGUAUGGGGAGAAAUCUGUAAGAAACAAUAGAACUUGCUAAAAAAUAUAGAUUAUAAAAAUUCAACAACAAAUCGAAACUAAUAGAGAUAAUAAAAUUAAUUAAAAAUUGAUUGAAACAAACAACAAAGAAUUGGAGUAUGAGUAAUAACACCUCAAGUAAUGGUGGCAAUGGCGGUGGCCGACGCACACAACAAGUGGAUUGGAAUCGUUUUGGUUUGGGGAAUGAGGACGAUGGUGAGGUGGUGGUGGCAAAUUUUCGCCAACGUGCCAAUACUGGAGGCUUUAUAGAUUUAGGCAAUGAACACACAUAUGCUUCAGGUGGUCACCAGGCUUCGGGAGCCAAUGAAAUAUUUGCCCAAGAACAAGGAGAUAAACCUUGGUGGCGUUCUAAUUUCUUUAUAUCCCAGCCUGUAUUAUUCGGCACCUGGGAUGGUGUAUUUACCUCCUGCCUCAUCAAUGUAUUUGGUGUUAUAGUUUUUCUUCGUUCUGGAUGGAUAGUAGCCCAAGCUGGCAUUUUAAAUGCCAUACUAAUCAUAUUUUGUACGGUAGUAAUAGCCUUGGUAUCGGUACUCUCAGCCGUGGGCAUAUGUGAACGUUGCCGCGUAGAAAGUGGUGGUGUCUAUUUUCUUAUAGCUCAUACGUUAGGCUCCCGCUUUGGAGGUUCUCUGGGCCUGCUGUAUUGUUUUGGCCAGGCCGUGGGUUGUGCUUUAAAUGUCAUGGGUUUUGGUGAAUCUAUGGCCGGUUUGGUGGGCUUAGAAGGAAAUACAUGGGCCAUCAGAGGUUUUGCUACGGCAGCUGUAUUACUAUUGGGGUGCAUCAAUGUGGCCGGUGUUAAAUGGGUCAUUAAAUUACAGUUUAUUUUACUAAUGAUUUUGUUAGUAUCAGCUUUGGACUUUAUGGUGGGCAGUUUUAUAGGCGAAGAUCAGGCAAAUGGUUUUGAUGGCUGGGCUAGCAAUAAUUUUAUUAUAAAUUUCUGGCCUAAAUAUGAGGAUGGCUAUUCCUGGUUUAGAGUAUUUGGUGUAUUCUUCCCCACCGUAACUGGGGUUUUGUCGGGCAUUAAUAUGAGUGGUGAUUUGAGAGCUCCUUCCACAGAUAUACCCAAUGGCACUUUGGCCGCAUUUGGCACUUCAACCUUCCUAUACAUGGUGUUUCUAUUGUUUUUGGGCUCCACCUGUCAAAGAGAUACUUUAUUAAAUGACUUUAUGAUUGUGGUUAAGGUAUCAGCGGUGCACUUGUUGUUAGUGGCCGGUAUUUAUGUGUCCAGUAUGUCUUCGUGUUUGGGAGCCAUGUACGGCACGCCUAGAGUAUUGCAAAGUAUAGCCAAGGAAAAUGUUAUACCAGGCAUAGAUAUUUUGGCCAAAGGACGUGGUCCAAACAAAGUGCCUUUGUAUUCCAUGGGCGUGGUGGCCGUUGUCACCGUUUCUUUCAUUAUCGUAGGCGAUAUAAAUUUCUUGGCACCUAUCGUUACUAUGCCUUUUUUGCUUACUUAUGCUUGUAUUGAUUAUUCCUAUUUUGCUUUGGCCCAAACUUUUGACAUACAAGAACAGCGCGAAGAACGUUUUCGCAUACAGGCCUCUUCACCCUCUUACGAAACCCGUCGUUAUGGUGCCACUCAAGAUGGCAAUGAUUUGGAUUUAUUGUUCCCUGAUAGAGUACGCCAUAAAAAUCUACAAAGUCCACAAAAUUCACCUUUACAUGUGCCUUCAAAUGCAAAUAAUGCUACACAAAAUGGUAAUGUACAAACUGAAGCCGCCACCUCAUCAUCAAACACUAAUGCGGCAGCUAUAGCCUCAUACACCGAAGGUGUUAAUUCCACAAAUGCUGAGGAUAAUUUAGAGACUGUUACCACCCAGGAGAAUGAAGAUGAAGAACCCAUUGCUCCUAUUAGACCGCCUAUACAUUCCAAAACGAAAAAUUGGUAUUCAGGUUAUUGCAACAGAUGGGCUUCGUUAUUGGGAGCCUUUACCAAAAUUUUUGUUAUGUUUUUGGUAAACUGGUAUUAUGCCUUAACCUGUCUUCUGGUAGUUUUCAUUGUUUGGUUUUAUGUGGGCACUGCAAAUCCUGCUGUUAAACCAGGUCUUACGGCGGAAUUUAAUUUCUUUGCUUGGCUGAAAAGCGUAAUAUUCCGGUGUUUCGGCAAACGCAUGCAUGAGUAUGAGCAAAUUGUGGUUACACCUUCAUGCCCAGGCGUAGAUCUAUCGCCCACUCAGCUUAACGAUGAUAAUGAAGACUUUUCCCAAAGAAGAAGGUAUCAUCAUUCAUCCGUAGUGGAAGGCCAUUUAGUUAAUGAUAUUUAAAAGCAGCUUUAAAUUAAACACACCAUAAAAAAUCGCCACUUAUAUAAGCUGGACCAACCUCAGAAAAUAAUUCGCCCCUAACCUUUAUAAAUGGAUAUGAAAAAAUAAAAAAACAAUAAUUUGAAUCUAACCGUUAUAUAGUUAAAAAGCAAUAUUUAUCAAACAAAAAACAUAUUUACAAAUUUUUGCAACACAAACAUAAGCUCAAGUAAACUUUUAUUAACAACAAAAUAAAUCCCCCUUUUUGAAACUAUAUAACCACACACAGCCUAUAUAAUUCCUAAGAAACCAUUGUGUAACAAAAUCUUAUAAAACAGUGGCAUUUAGAUACUCUUUACCUACUUUAAUUUUACUAUGUUGACUUAAUAAUGUUACGUACGAUUCCUUUAGUUUAGUUUUACAUGGAAAAAAAUUAAAAUUUGGUAUGUUUCCUUAAGUAUUUUUUUUAUGUUUUGUAUCAAUUCAUUUUUCUAAGGAAACAUAUGUGAUACUUGAGAUAAUAAUCAAUCUACUUUAUUUAAAAAUAUACAAAAAAUAAAAAACGUAUACACAAAAUCAAAUUGUAAGCUGGAAACUUAAAAUCAAACAUAUUGUUUAAAAAAAAAAAUUAUACUUAUUUCAUAUCAGUUAAUUUCAUUUAGUUAAUUUUUGUGCUUUUUUCAACAACAUAUUAUAAAUAUUUUUGAAAUAUUUAAACCUACAACUUCUAUACUAAUCUAUUAAUCGUGAAUUUAAUAAAAAAUAAAGUGUAAAAAAUAAUAAAGAAUUAUUAAAUAUAAUAAAAUAUAUUAAAUAAAUUUAUAUAACAUAUAAUAAAAAUCAAAUAAAACAUACAACAACCCCCCAUAUAUAUAAAUGUAUAUUAAAGAAACAAAAAAUAACAAAAAAAAAAUUUAUAACAAUUUGUAUAUGUUUAAGUAAUAAACGCAUUUAAUGUAAAUUAAGAUAAUUUGCUAUGAAGUUGAA